GAUCAUCAAGCCAUCCUGCGCAACCUGCGCGCGACGCGCGUCUCCGCCUGUUUGGAAACCUCUGCUCUUGGGGACACGAACAAAGGACUCGGAAGAUUCCAGUGUCACAAGCCGCACUGUGCAUCCUGAUUGUGCACAUUCGUUUGGCUUCUCUUCUCAUGGAUACCGAUGAACCAAGUACUCCAGAUAUGUCAUCCAGAAGGCCUCAUAAGCACUUGUGUAAAAUAUGCAACAAGAAAUUCCUUUCAGGGAAAGCUCUUGGAGGCCACAUGUCGUGCCACCGGCAUGCUGGCAAGCAGCCAAAGAGCACACCUAGCCCUCCUGCCAUUGUCAUCGAUCUGCCUGUGUUGCUGCUGGGUCCUGGUGAUGAGAAGCCUUCACCGUCAUCUUUGGAAUCUCAAUGCCUGCACUGCUCAAAGAUGUUCUCUUCCUGCCAAUCUCCAAGGGGAAACAUGGGGAUGCACAGUGAGAGGAAGGUGAUGGCCAAGCCUGAGGAAGAACCUGGACCAGCUGGGUUGAUGGAAGCUUGGGCCAAUGCUAAUGGUGAUCACGAGCACAAUGUGAUGCUAUUUUCUCCAGUGAAGCGUAAGCGGUCAAAGAGGGGGAUGCCAGUCCCCAAUUUAGAGAUGAACGCUGCAGCUGCUCUCUUGAUGCUUUCAGAGCAUUGUGACAAGACUUCUGCUUAUGAGGAUUGCUGUGGGAGAGAUAAGGAUGACAACAUUUCAACACCCAUCGUGUUGAAGGAGGUAAAUCUGAAUGCUCUUCAGCAGCUGGAUCAAUCUGAUGAGUCCAGAAACAGUGCAAGGCUGAAAUCUGACAAGAAUCCAGCUUAUGAGGGUUUCUAUGAACACUGUGAGAAGGAAAACAGUUUGAAUUUGGUCGCUGAUGCUCCCAAGAAGGAAGUGUUGCUGGAUCUGUUUGAUUAUGAGAUGGAUAUAGAAGCUGAGUUCAUGAAGCCAGGGGCUGACAUUUCAGUCGAGGAAUUGAAGUCCAGUUUGAAUUUGGUUGCUGAUGCUCCUAAGAAGGAAGUGCUGUUGAAUGUGUUUGAUCAUGGGAUGGAUGUAGAUGCUGAGUUCAUGAAGCCAGGGGCUGACAUUUCAAUUGAGUUGAAGUCCAGUGACCUUUCACCUGCAAUGAACAUGAAGAGGCACCAGUGCAAGGUCUGUGGAAAGUCAUUGAGGUCAGGACAGGCAUUGGGAGGCCACAUGACAUUACACUUACACUCUGAGAAGAAGAAAAAGUUGAAUUCAGUUGCAGAUGUUCCAAAGGAGAUUCUUCUAAGUGCAUCUGAUCAUGAGGUUGAUGCAGAUAUAGAGUUCACGAUGCCAGGGGCUGCAAUUUCAGUGGAGUUGGAAUCAAGUGACAUUUCAGCUGCAGUGAACGUCAAAAAACACCAGUGCAAGGUCUGUGGAAAGUUACUAGGGUCAGGGCGUGCUUUAGGAGGACACAUGAGGUUACACUAUGUUCAGAAGUGCAAUCUCCACCAAGAGAUUGCUGAUUGUCCUGAUUCUGUUAUGAUGGAAGAGCAAAUGCAAAAGCUUGAAUUGGACUCAGCCUUCACAUGGUAGAAAAUCUGAUUCUGAGCCAUAGUGUGUGCUGACUGCUGAGCAGCCUUCAGCAGGCUGUGUGGGCCUGUGGCCAAAGCUGGUUCCACAUGUUGUCCAUAUUCAGUUACCGAUAGGUUCAUUAGUAGUUAGGAAAUCAAAGAAUUCCAUCUGCUGUAGAUAGUAGAGAUUUUGAUACUGAUACUUUCUUCUCUUGAUCAACAAAAUUUUGCUGGAUAGGAAGGCAAGGAUCUUAAGUCACUGCCUGGUUGCGAAACAGUAUAGCAGGUAAUGCGUGGUAGUAUGCAAUGUAAUGCAAUGCAAUGCAUGAGCUUGUGAUAGGUCUGAAGCUCCCUGACAGUUGUCCUUGGCUGUACAUUGAUAUUCUUCUGUACAUACCUACACAGAGCAUAUUCUUGUCUUGAUGAGAUAAUAUUUCAAUAAAGAGAU